CUUGGCGACGGGGAGGCUCCGGCGCGGCCGCGCUGGGGGGACCCCGGGACCGGGAAUACCGGGACCGACCCGCCCAUGGGGCCGGGACAGGACGAGGAGGAGCAGGAGGAAGAAGAAGAAGAAGAGCAGGAGCGGGUCCCGCCCAUUGCCACAACUCCCCCACGCCGGCAGCGGAGGGAGGAAUCCUGGAGCCGAAGCAGCAGCAGCGAAACCCAGGGAUCAGCAGCCAGUGGGAUCUCCCUGGGAGAAGCAAUCCGGAGGAAAACUGCUGCUCAUUGGGGAAUUGAGCCAUGGUUCCAGCUUCCAGCAGAAGUAGAUUCCAGCUGUUUAACUGCUGCCUCAGAGACAAAGCUUGGCCUGACAUGUGAGAGGAAUGACCUGUCAGAAUUCCCUACUCUGGAGGAAGGAAUGUUGUCUUUAGGAGAAGCAUCCAGAAGACGUUUUCCUGGAGAUCCAGCCCAGGGCUCACUGCUGGGUAUGUUCACGGUGGCCUUUUUUUAACUGCUCAACAAUUAAGAUUUUGCUGUUAAAUCAAUCCCUAACCUGGAUGUGAUUUCUUUGUGUUUCCAAACUGCUUUUGGUGUAAUUUUAUUGUCCAAGCCCACCUUCCAAACGAGACAGAGGGUUUGUCCCUCCCCUGCAACUUCUCAAACAGAUUAUUUUUGUCUCGGGUAAAACUAAAAAUCUUGUUUCUUCCUUUAGAAUUAAUGGCAAACCUGAGUAAAGUUUGCCAUUUUUCAGGUUCUCUCUGGCUGAGAUGAUAGUUCUCUGUGUCCUUAAAAUCUGUAUUCAUUCAUGAGUCAAAAAUCCUUAUUUAUUCCAAAAUGGUAAGUAUAAUAAUAAAGUAGGUG